CUCCCGCCGGUGCUACGCAGUGCCGGCCGCACGAGGACAUGUGGCCGGGCGGGCACUGAGGGGGGCCCCGCCACGCCGAGCCCGCCUCGCCUCACAACCGACCGGGCGCACUCUCCUCGGCCGCGGCGGGCGCCGCUCCCGGAAGUCCCGAAGAGGAGCGCGGUAAUCGCGAGGAGCCGGAGCCUCCGCUCCGUGCUGGCGGCCGCGGAGCAGUGAGCGUGCGAGGGGACGCCGCGGCGCCAGACUACAUUUUGAAAGAAGAUGAAGAACAGAAAGCAAUGUAUUCAAGAUACUGAGGGUCAGAAGCAUGAAGGCAUGGAAGGUGAAGAAAAUGAAGAAAGCUAUUCCUGUUCUACUUUAUUAUAUGAUGGUGACACAUGCCCCAUCUGUCUGAACUGCCUUCAAGAGCAAGAGGUUGGUUUUCCUGAAACCUGCAGUCAUACCUUCUGCAUGGCUUGUAUUCUUAAAUGGGCUGAGACACAGGCUUCAUGUCCUGUUGAUCGCAAACCGUUUCAGGCAGUAUGCAGGCUCGAUGCAUUAAAAGAGCAGAUAAAGGUUCAGGUUAAAAAGCAACUAAGGAGAAAGGAAGAAGACAAACACUGUGCCUGCAAUAAGGGAAAAUAUAGCCAUGCUAAGAGAAGAAACUUUGUGAGAAGAGCUGUAUGUCCAGACAGAGGGCACUUAGCAGCAAGAUUAAGCAAAGUUGUGAAGAAAAAAUACAGUAAUAUUUUGUAUGACAAACGAAACAAGAAAGCUUUGUCAGUGAAGAUAAACAAGCCCAGAAGACAGACCUGCUGGAAUGAGUGCUUCAGAACUAAUUUCUUCAGCACACUUCCAGCUGGUGGUAGCAAUGAAGAGUCCUCUUUUAGCUGUAGAAAUGACUGUACAGAAUUGACAGAAGUUGAUGCAGCAAUCAGACAGAAGAGACAAGCACUGGAAUUGUCCUGUUCAUCUGCGAUUGCUAGAGUUGAAAGAAUUCCUUUAAUGUCUUACGGAGCUGAAGCCGAGACCUUUCUUCUCACUUCUACUACAGUGGCAGGGACAAUUCUUCCAACGAAUGUCAGGCCUUUGGAAAACUUUGAAUCCUUAGGUAAAGGAUAUGCUGUUGCAUGUACCCAAGAAGGAGAAGAGAAAAAGCAAGCUUCUGGUUCAUCUGGUGCUAGAGGAACUAGAAGGAAAUCGGUUACUACUACUCCUAGAAGAAGGUCUGCACGAAACAGCAAAAAUGAGACUCUGGGUCCAUCUCGGAGCUCUCCUCGGUCAAGCAGUUCUGCGUGCAGUGCCCCUGAUGGCACCAACCCAUCUCUGAAUAAAUCUCCUUCAGAACCAGAGAAGGCUCCUCCAAAACGGAAAUCUAAACGAACAGUUAAACAACAAACACCAGUGGCUAAAAAGAAACUGAGAAGUUCUGCACGUUCUGAAAAGUCACCCAGUGAUUCAGUGGAAGAUGAUGAUGUUGCUGAGCCUGAAGCAGUUAUAUUAGAUAAAGACCAACAGUCAGAUAAUGAAAAUACAAGCCUUCCACAGAAGGAUAACACAGAAACAGAACCUGCUAAUGGAUUGGAAAGCUGUAGUGAACAUGCAGAAACUGAGGAAACCACAGGAGAAUAUGACAAAGAUGAGAAUACUGCAGGCAGUGUGGAUGCAAGUAGUUCUAAUGUGCAAGAGCCUCCUCCAGUGCUAACUUCAGGAGGUGAAAAUCAGGAAAUCAAAGUAGAAGGUGCUACUGAAAAAAAUGCGGAUCUUAAGGAUCAGGAGAUCUGUGAAGAUACUCUUGAACAAAUGGAAACAGUAGCUAGUCCCAAAGAUGAAGUGUGUGAUCAUGCAACUGUUGAAGAAGUAGAUCAGACAUUGUCUACUCCUCAGAACGAAUUAAUGGAGAAUAUAGAAACCUUGGCAGAAGUAGAUCAACCCAUAGCUAGUCCAGAAAAUGAAUUGUUGGAAUUUCCAGAACCUUCAGGAAAAGAUCAGCCAUUAGAGAGCCCCAGAAGCAAAUUGCCUGAAUGCCCGGAAGCCAUAGAAAUAGAUGAUUCCAAGGCUGAAGAAAAACCAGUAGUAGACUGUACAAGUACAGAUACUGAAAACUUAGAAACUCUUCAAGAUGAAGAACCAGAUACAUUAACACACAAUGUUUCUGUGGACAGUACAUCAGAACAGUGCUUAAAAGAGAGCACUGUGAAAGAAAGUGAAGAAGGUAGAACUUCAGAGACACCACAGGUAAAUGUUGAACAUAAACAUUUUGGUGAAGAUAACAAUGAAAUGAUACCGAUGGAUUGUGAUUCAUUUUGCAGUGACCAGAAUGAAGCUCAGGUUGAACAGUUACCACCAGUUGAAAGUACAGAGCAAGACAAAGUAAACUCCUUACAGUGUGAUGUGGAAAACUGUACAUCAGUUUCAGGACUUUCUGAUGAAAAAGAUGAAACUGUUCCUCAAGAGAGAGAGUGCCAGUCUGAACUCAAGAAAGAUAAAAAGGCUCGAACUAGAAGAUCUAGGUUUCACUCUCCAUCAACAACUUGGUCUCCUUCUAUGAGGGAGGGCAGGAAAUCUCAGUCACCAUCCCCUAAAAGGGAGAUGACCAGAGACAGGAGCUCGCGAUCACCCAGGAAGGAAGCUGGGAGGGAGGGAAGGAGAUCCUUAUCUCAUUCUCCAAAGAGAGAGACACUCAAAGAUGAGAAAAAAACACCAUCUCGAUCUCCCAAAAGGGAAACUAUCAGGGAAAGCAGGAGAUCAUCUUCUCGGUCAAGAGCUAAGGAUUUGUCUCCAAGGCAAAAAUCUAGAUCUCGAAGCAGUGAUAGAGACAGUCAGAGAAGAGAUCGUGACAGAGACAGAAGAAAUAGGAGGUGGUCUAGGUCACGGUCACGAUCUCGGUCGAGGUCCAGAUCUAGGACGAGAAAUAAAGGCUCUUCAUUCUCUAGAAAUGAGAGGGACAGUCAUUCACCUCGAUGGAAGGACAGAUGGACAAAUGACAGCUGGAGGAGUCCCAGGGGAAAUGAUCGAUACAGAAGAAGUGAUCAAGAGAAACAGAAUGAAAGUCUUAAAAAAGAGAAGGACAGUACAGAAAAAAACAGUGAUGAUCAGUGUUCUUCAGACAAUAGGAGGAAUGAUUGUCCAGACUGGGUAAUGGAAAGGAUAAACUCAGUUCCUGAAGUCAGGAACAGAGAGAGAGAGAAACCACAUUGGGAAGAUAGCAGGCAUGACAAUUCAGGACACUCUUGGAAUAAAAACUAUGGUUCAGGUUGGAUUCAAAAUCGAGGGAGGGGUCACCGUGGCCGCGGUGGGCGUGGAAGAGGUGGUUUCAUGUAUGGAGACCAGAGUGAAAAUCACUGGCAAAAUAGAAAACCUGUCUCAGGGAACUCAAAUGGUUCUGGGAAUGAAACCUCAAGGUUCUCAGAACACCAGCCCUACAAGCGCAAGAAUGAACAAGAUUACUCUUUCGAUACACCUGCUGACAGAUCUGGGUGGACAUCUGCAUCCAGCUGGGCUGUGAGAAAGACUUUACCUGCUGAUGUGCAGAAUUACUAUUCAAGAAGGGGACGCAACUCAUCAAGCCCACAGUCUGGAUGGGGCAUGAGACAAGAAGAGGAGGUGCCUGAACAAGAUCCAAACCUCAAAGACCAAGGCAACCAGCAGAGUGAUGGUUCUCAGUUACCAAUGAAUAUGAUGCAGCAACAAAUGAAUGUAAUGCCACAAGUGAAUGCACAGCACCAGCCUAUGAAUAUCUUCCCGUAUCCAGUGGGUGUCCAUCCUCCUCCCAUGAUGAAUAUGCAAGGAAACCCUUUCAGCAUCCCCCCUCCAAUGCCCAUGCAUCAUCUCCCUACCGGAGUGCCUCUCAUACAGGUAGCUGCACCCACAAAUUUGUCUCAGGGAUUACCUCCGCCUCCACCUCCACCCCCACCAUCUCAACAAGUCAACUACAUUGCUUCACAGCAAGAUGGAAAACAGUUGCAGGGUAUUCCAAACGCUGCUCAUGUAAGUAAUAACAUGAGUGCUCCAGCCUUGCCUGCUCCAACAGCAGUCCUGGGAAACACGGGAACAGUUCAGGGACCAAGCUCGGGUAAUGCCACAUCGUCAAGUCACAUCAAGAGCGUUAAUGCAGCUGUAAAAGUGGGAGAGAACAAAGCAAGUGUGACAGUGGAAGCCAGUGCAGAUAGCUCGAAGAAGGACCAGAAAUUGUUAAUUCAAGAGAAAGCGGCACAAGAGGUCAAACUGGCUAUUAAACCCUUCUACCAAAAUAAAGACAUCACUAAGGAGGAAUAUAAAGAAAUAGUGCGAAAAGCUGUAGAUAAAGUUUGCCAUAGCAAGAGUGGAGAAGUUAAUUCUGCCAAAGUGGCAAAUCUGGUGAAAGCCUAUGUAGACAAAUACAAACAUUCACGGAAGAAGAACCCCGAAGAGGCCGUCUCCUGUGAGAGGAAAUAGAAUGUGCUUUCAGUUGUUAAUUUUCUUCUAUCUGCAAAGUGCAAUUGCAACAUGAACCGUUAACUGAAACUUGUACAUGACACUGAUUUGAACCUGGGUUUGAUAAAAUUAUUUUUCAAUGUAGUAUAUAAUGUUUUGUUCUAAAGAAAUAGAGACCUGCAGGGCAACUUCUUUAUUCCUUUUUAAAAGCAGAUGUCUAAAAAAGAAAUGAAAUGUGUAAAGAAGAAUCAUUAGGGAUGUACGAUUGUGUGGAUACUUAGAUGUACAGCAUUUUGACUUGAAUAACAGAGUGCAUUAAACUAGAAACUUCGGAGUACGUUGCUUUUGGAACAGGUAUGUACAGUCCAUGGAAUGGGUCAGAUUUAAAAUGAUUUUUUUCUUUUUGAUUUAUCCCUAAUUAUAGCAAAUAUAAAGUAAUGUAUUGCCUUGACAGAGAUUUCUAGAGUUAACUGGACAGGCUGAAUGCAGGGGUCACAAUGUGUAUAUAAAAAAGCACAUGGAGUUGGCUGAACAGAAGAACUGUUUAGAUUUUAAAGAGAAAAAUGAUGAACAGUGAAGGGCAGUGCCCAGAGCCAUGGGGCUGCGCAUCUGUUGUAACACCAAAUAAAAAUGAUGCUGCUUGGUUUUGUUUGUAUGUUUUUCGCUUUGUUUCAAGAUAGCUGGGAUGAACUUGAAUGACUUUUAUGUGCUGACAUACACACACACACACUGACAACCUCAGAUCAUGUCUAACCCUGCCCUUAGCUAGUAGGGAAUUAGUAUGCUAGAGCUGGAUGUUCAGAGACACAAACCAGUUUCUUCUUCAAGUCAAGUGGAGGAGUUGGCAUUUGUUACUGGGCUCCCAGCUCAUCAGAGAGGGCCAGUGGUGCACAUCUUAGCUGCAUAGUGCUUUUUCUUCAUUAACUAGGGCCUGUAGCAUGGAGCUCCAGACUGGGAUCAAUGAAUGGGUGCAGUCUGAAGUCACAUGCAACAACUUUUCUCCUUCCCCUGAGCACUUUUGUGUAGGGAGGUCAGUAGAGGUACCACAAGCAUUUUAAAAGCAGAUGUGGGGGUCACCAAAUGUGCCAGGGGAAUGCCUACACCUAAGGUAAAACCGGUUUCACUGACAUAGGAGCGAGGAGGGUUGCUGGAACACUGAGGUCAUUACUUGUUCCUUAUGGAAGGAACAGCUUGGGAUCCAUCCAUAUUUGAGUGGAGAAGUAUCCUUACUCUGAGACAGGACUAUUUGUUCCCUUACUCUCAGACAUGACCGUUUCAACACUCCCCCUCCAGUCCUGCCAUGCAGCAACAGCCUUUGGCAUUGGCCCAGCCUGGAAUCUGCUCCAGCCCCAGAUCUCCUGGCCCAAAAACCUGCAUAAACCGCUUGGACAGAAAGGAUCAGUCAAGUUUUCUGAGCAGUUACCUCUUUGUAGCCAAGAGUUCCCCAUUUGACUGGUCUGGGCAGAAAACCCAGCCUUGCCCCGUCACUAAUACCUGCAGAGGCCUGAGGAUGAAAUAAGGGACAUGCACCCCCCUAUACACACGUGGUUAGAGAGAGAUACAUGUAUGUGUAAAAUGGGUGAUGUUUGUCACAAGGGUUGGUUGCUUGGUUUUAACCAUGACUUUUCUGCGGGGUUAAUGAAGCAUUUGACUGUGUGUGUUUAUUUUUAUGUGCCUCAAUAAAAAUGCUGUGUAAAUUAGACACAGAAUACAUUUUCUACAGUCAAAGCAGGUUUUAGCUUUUUCAGAGCACUCAGUGUUACACUGUGGUAGCGAUUUGUAUGAUCUCUUGAACUAGUUUCAGCUAAAAGGGGUUAGCACUUUCUGAAAGAUGUUGUAGCAAAUUGCUAUGUCUCUCCUGGUUUAUCACGCCAUGCGUACUUGAUUUCUAUUUCCUUUUCCUUCUCUGGACUUCUAGAUUUUAAUGCCUUUUUAUACCUUUAUACAGUCGAGCCUUGCUAUAAAGCUCCUUUCAGGAGCCGGAGAAGCGUUCUGUGGGUUGUUUUCCCCUUCUAGAGGAGAAGUGGGAAUGGGUGGAGGAUUCAAACUGGGAGAUGGGGUCACUGAUUCCUUGUGUUGCAGCUCCUGGCUGGGAGGUAAGCUGUCACUUGCUGCCACGUUGCUGGGGCAGUGACUAUAGUGAUGCUCCACUGUAUUUCAAAGCAUAAUGAAGAAGAUGGAUAGAAUAGCACGUGAUCAGUAACUUUAUUUUUUACAAUGAAAUACUUCAGAACUUAGCAGAAAAUACGCGGUUCAAUACAAUGUCGGUGUUGAAUUAAAGAAAUGCAUUGCCUUAA